GCCGUCGUGCGAGCCCGCGGCCGAGCCCCGUCGGGUGCUGCCACGGCCCGCUGCCACUAUAGGAUCUCGAGGUUCCAGCUCGGCGUCUCGGUGGUGCACUCUGUGGACCUGGGCGCAGGCUUGGUGUGCUUCGACCUAGACAGGGAGAGCCCAGGGGUGUUCCUGCAGGAAGUAUCUGGGUUCUGGCACGUCCAGCCGGAACCGGACGGCCGCCCCGGCUUCAGCCGCGUGUGGCUGAAGGUCGACGACCUCCGCGCCGCGGGCUGGGUGCCCUGCUGGCUCGUUGACUACGCCUCGGAGCGAGCCCUGCGCAGGGCCACGGCGUGGCUGAAGCCGCAGGCCGAGGCCGCGGCCGAGGCGCUGCACGCCAGCGCGGCGGGGGAGCUCCACGCGGGGGGCGCCGGCGGGAGGCGCCCGCGCCUGGCUGUCGACGAGGCCGCCAGCCCGAGAGCCCACUGCUGA